AUGUCUGUCCUCCGUAACAUCAAGAGCCUCGCUCCCCUCCUCGACCGUGUGCUGGUUCAGCGCAUCAAGCCCGAGGCCAAGACCGCCUCUGGUAUUUUCCUCCCCGAGAGCAGCGUCAAGGAGCAGAAUGAGGCCAAGGUCCUCGCUGUCGGUCCCGGCCUGCUCACCAAGGAUGGUCAGCGCAUCCCCAUGGGUGUCAACGCUGGCGACAAGGUCUUGAUUCCUCAGUUCGGUGGCAGCCCCAUCAAGGUCGGCGAGGAGGAGUACCACCUCUUCCGUGACUCUGAGUAUGUGUCCCCACUCGUUCACGGCAAGCUUGCCGAACAGACUGACCUGACUUUCUACAGGAUUCUCGCCAAGAUCAACGAGUAG